AUGGUGGUGAGCAACUCUCAGGAAAUCGUUGACGUACAGAUAGAAGGAGUAAGAUUGGAGCAGGUGACAUCUUUCAAAUACUCAGAAGUGCAAAUAGAAGAAAAUGGAAAACAAGAUCUGGAAAUAAACAGUAGAUUGGAAAGCACAUUGAAGAUAUACCAUGCCAUGAAUGAGAACUUCCUGAGUAGGAAAGAAAUAUCAAGAAGUACUAAGAUGAAUGUAUACAAAGCGAUUUAUAGACCAAUACUCACAUUCGCGUGCGAAUCGUGGGUACUUGAUAGAAGACAGAGAAGCAGGAUGCAGGCAAUGGAAAUGAAAUAUCUAAGAAAAGUGAAGGAAAUAACAAGGAUGCACAGGGUGAGAAACGAUCUUAUCAGGGAAGACAUCGGAAUAGAACCUCUGCAGGAUUUCAAAGAAAAGAGACAAUUGACCUGCUAG